UUAGGUAUGUUAUGUAAAUGCACAAGCAGCAGUUAUAUCGAUCUGUAGAUCUGAAAUGUUGAUCACUGACAAGACUAAAUUAUGACAAGACAGAUGUAAUAGGAUUUGAUAUACACAGUCUUAUGCUUUCAGUGUAAUUACUUCUGAUAUCAUGCUUUAUUAAGAGGCAUGGCUGAGGUGCAGAUUCGUCACUACCAGGAGGAAGAUCAUGAAGAAGUGAAGGAGGUUUUUACUCUUGGGAUGAGCGAGCACAUCCCACCGUCCUGCAUGCACGUUCUCAAACAGCCCCUAGUGCAGAUGUUUCUGGGAUGUGUGUUUUGUGCUUUACUGACCAGCUCAAAGUCCAUCCUGUUGCCUGUACUAGCAAUCACGCUGCUUUUGGCCGCAGGCAGGCAGAGUGUGAAUUACAUUUUUACUAAGUACAUCCAGGUAUGUCUUGAGAAAGAUCUCAAUCACAUUCAGCAGACCUACCUGGAUCCACCCCUCGCCUGCUUCUGGGUGGCUGAGAGCCAGGGUCGUGUCGUGGGCACCGUAGCGUGUCUGCCUGCAGAGACAGACCAGAACUUCCUGGAACUGAAGCGGAUGGCUGUUAAAAGGACUCACCGUGGACAAGGCAUUGCCAAAGCACUGUGCCGUACGGUGGCUGACUUUGCUUUUGAACGUGGUUUUCGAGGAGUACUGCUUUACACUUCGGUGGUCCAGACAGAUGCUCAGAAGCUCUAUGAGCACAUGGGCUACCAGAAGCUCAGAGAAUUUAGUGUUCCUGAGGCAAUCGCCAAGCUGACUAAUUUUACAUUGAUUGAGUACCGGCUCGUCCUCAAACAACAUCACAACUGAGGUUGAGAUCUCCAAGCAAAACCACCAAGGCUUUUUAACACUGGUUCAGAUCACGAAUGAAGCACACCACUACCAUUGUUUGUCUGUUUCUUCUUUAAAUCAUCAACCUUGGAAAAAAGGGAUCCAUUCUUUUAUAUGUGUGUGU